AUGAAGUGUUUAUUAUUAUUAUUUAUCGUUUCUAUUUUUCUUCUUAUCGCAAACAUUUUAUCAUUUGCAACACCAAUUCGUCGUACUGCUAAAUCUACAUUAUGUUUACCAAGUGCAUGUAUAACUGACCCUUCUUUUUGCUUCUGUAGUGUUGAAGAAAAUUUAAAUGAUUCAUGUUGUAAUUUAAACUGUAGACUUUGUCCAGCUAAUUUUACUAUUCCAUCAAUUAUAUUUGAUAUUAGUCCAUUAAAUUUUUUUCCAUUGAAUUCAUUCAAUUUUAGUGAAAUAAAUUUUUCAUUUCUUGGUCUCCGUUAA